UUUACUUGGCGCAGCUAAUAGCGCCAGAGCGAAAGGGAAACAGAGGGCUUGAGUUGACAGUGUGACAGAUUAACUCGGGAGUCUUUCGGAGCGAUCUGCAGCCGGGUCGCAGUCACUGAGUGACAGCAGUGUGUUGACCUGAGCGGUGACGGAUAUCAGUCCCGUUAAAAGCCGUCCGGAGCACCGCACAGUCCCGCAGCGUUGACAUGGACCAGAUAGGACGCCUGGCGCUGCUCCGGAUUCCUCUGUGAUUACAUCUUGAUGGGACUGAAUUAAGCGCUUGCAGCACAAAGAGACAAGUCUGAAUAUUUACCGCUGCAGCAAGGAAAUGUUGUCCUAAAACUACCACAAGAAGUUACACGGCUAAUCCUGGACCAACAAAAGCUCCCAAAACAACUUCAUCUAACUUCAAACUAAUCAGGGGAAAUGGCAAACUGACAACUGAAGACUAGCAGGCAACAAAAGGCUGUUCCUUCCGCCAGUCCGCCCGAGACAUGUCAGGGCUUAAGCGCCAUCAUGAUGGGAAGAUCGCUGGACUAUACGAUCUUGAUAAGACACUGGGCCGGGGACACUUUGCAGUUGUCAAACUGGCACGUCAUGUUUUCACUGGAGAGAAGGUUGCAGUAAAGGUGAUAGAUAAGACUAAGCUGGACCCAGUGGCACGGGGUCACCUUUUCCAGGAGGUGCGAUGCAUGAAAAUGGUGCAGCACCCCAACGUGGUGCGUCUUUACGAGGUCAUUGACACAGCCACCAAGCUCUACCUCAUUCUCGAGCUGGGCGAUGGAGGAGACAUGUACGACUGCAUCAUGAAGUAUGACGGAGGCCUCAGUGAAGAGGUGGCCAAGUGUUAUUUUGCCCAAAUUGUCCACGCCAUCUCCUACUGCCACCGGCUCCAUGUGGUUCACAGGGACCUGAAGCCUGAAAACGUUGUCUUCUUCAAGAAGCAGGGCGUCGUCAAACUCACAGAUUUUGGUUUCAGCAACCGCUUUCAGCCUGGAAAGAACCUGAACACUUCAUGUGGCUCGCUGGCUUACUCAGCUCCUGAAAUACUGCUAGGGGACGAGUAUGAUGCUCCUGCUGUUGAUAUCUGGAGUCUGGGGGUGAUCCUCUUCAUGCUGGUGUGUGGUCAGCCCCCCUUUCAAGAGGCCAACGACAGCGAGACCCUAACCAUGAUCAUGGACUGUAGAUACACAGUGCCUCCGCAUAUUUCCCAUGCCUGCAGAGACCUUAUUGGCCAUAUGCUGCAGAGAGACCCAAAGAAACGAGCUACCCUCGAGCAGAUCGAGUGCCACGAAUGGCUUCAAGGUGUCGACCCCUCCCCGGCCACCAAGCUGUCCACCCCUCUGGUGUCGUACCGCAGUUUAUCCGAGGAGGAGCAUGGGUCCAUCAUUCAACGCAUGGUACUCGGAGGCAUCGCAGACAGAGACGCCAUAACUGAGGCUCUGGAGUCAAACCAGUACAACCACAUCACAGCUACCUACUUCCUGCUGGCAGAGAGGAUGCUGAGGGAUAGACAGGAUAAAGAACAGAACAGCCAGACACGAUCGCCCAGCCCAAGCAAGGCUCAGUUCAGGCAAUCUUGGCCUACCAGAGUAGAUGUUCACCAGGAAGUCAGUGAUGGGAUUGGAGGUCCUGCUAUAUCCCACCCUGGGGGCCCCCAGUCGCCUGCCCGAAGUGCUGAGAGCCUCCACAAAGGUCCCAGGCCUAAAACUGCUUUGCUGGACCUCAAUCAGCGGCAGGAGAUCCAGACCCCAUCUUCCAGCCAACAGCUGCCUGCACGACAGAGUCAGGAAAAGAGUUUGAGGCCUCUGGCAAAGCCCCACUCUAACCCCCUCAGACUGGGCUCUCUGGGGUCAGUAGGUCAGUGCAAACCACGUAGUCCCAGUCUUUUCAGCGUGGAGGAGGACGAGGAAGAAGAAGGAGCAGAAGAUAAAUGCUUGCCCCCUUCUGCUCUACCUUGUCAAGUUGUGCUUCGUUCCAAAACCUCCUGCUCCUCUUCAUCAAUGUCUUCUGCUGGUAACCGUAUGACUUCUCGGAUGAGUGCCCCAGUUCUAAACCAAAUCCACGAGGAAGAUAAAGAGGAUGAUGAACAGGAGGAAAGUAGAGAAUUACAUGGACUUGGUCCUCCUAAACCUAGUCUUAGCCUCAAUUUAAACUCUAGAAUACCAUCACCUUUAACGCUAAUGUCCUCUCCUAAGACUCCAACAAAUACCACACUCACUCCCAGCUCAGAGACAAGUGAUGAUGAUACAGAAAGUUACUUUAAACCACAUACAUUGACUGUAGUCGGACAAGAAGAUAAUAGAGAAGAGAGAAAAGCUGGGCAGGGGAGUCCCCUCAACUGUGCCAGUCCAGGAUCGGGGUCAAUACAAGGGAAGGGUACAACCAAAGCAGCCAGUGGGCUGGUGGAAAGCCUAAAACUCAUGAGUCUGUGUCUGAGCUCUCAGUUCCACAACCUGACGAGUGGAGGAGGAGGUGUUGGUGGUGUUGGUGUUGAUGGCAGCAGCGGCGGCGUCAGCAGCAGUGUUGGCGCUGACUCCCAAGAGCGUCCCAUGUGGAGAAUGUGCAUGGGUGGCUCUACUGGCAGCCUGGACAAAGUGUCACUGCUUGGCGGGCCCUCACCGAAGGGAAACCUUUACCACCAGCCCCCGCUGGGAGACGUACUUGCGGAUCCUCUGCUGGACGGACCCUGCUCGGGAACUCUGAGACUAGGAGAGCUGGAUUUGGCCAGGGAAAACCACAGAAACAUAAAGAACCGCGCACUGCAAAUGCCUCUGAACGAGAAGACGAUGUCUGUCAACAUUCACCGAAGCCCAAAGGAGGGUCUGCUCUGCACCCCUACCCCACAUAGCUGCUGCCAGGUCAUAUAGAGCCGCAGCCGCAUCAGUCACACUCCACCUCUCCCAUUUAUAUCACUUUUCCUGCCUUUAUUUAACUUACAUCAACCGGUUGUCAUGAGUUCACACUCUGUGUUUUUCUUGUUUGGUUUGAUUAACACCUAACGGUGGGUAGCUGGGAGGGGGUCCAAAUGUCACAAUUGCACAUUUGGAGACAUAAGAAUACUCCAUGGAGGACAGUGUGUGUGUGUAAGUAUGUGAAGCACUUUCAGUAAAUUAAACAGAACACUGAGGGGACGUUUUUACUUGACCGUGUGUUUAAUCAGAGACUUUAAAAAUAGAAGCAGAUAGAGGAGUCUCUCAAAACCCUGCUUCUUCACAUUACUUCUACUGUAUGCACACAGUGUUCACACCUACAUCACUAAAAUAAGCUGAUAAAUGAAAGCUGGCAAGCUUUAGUAUUGUGUUACAUAUCAUGGUUUUGUUUUUAUUAUCAUAAUUGUUAUUUUUUUAGACAAUCUUUUAUUAUUUAAUUUGAAAUAAUUGAACUAAUGUCAGUUUUCAUUUAAAUGAGGAAAAAUACAGGGACGAAAACAGACAACAGCUCUUAAGCAUGAUAGAGGCACGCAAUCUAUUUUUGUCAUUUUAGAUGUUUUAUUUAUCUUGAACAUUGUCUGCAGAAAGAAAACGCACACUCUGAUUUUUGUGUUUUUUUUUUAUCUCUGCAGAAUUUGUACAAAUGUGAAUAGCUUGACAGUGCUCUGUACCUGUUGUAUUAAUGGUAAAGUUGUAUCACAGUAGAGACCUGAAUGCUAGAUCCUUGUACACCAUUAUCCUAUCAUUCCUUAAGGAUCAUCAAGGUCUUGGUUGAAUCCAGAGCUGCUGAGUUUUAAGGCCUGGAAAAAGUACAUUAAGCAGAAUUUAAAUGUGGUAAAGGCAGCUGUGAAGACUCAAAGUGGCCCUCAAUUCAUGUUGUGAGGAAGAAAAAAGAAACAAACUCUGGGUGCAGCCACAAACCGCUUCCAUUGCAUAGUUUUCCAGGAGCACAGUAGCCACUGCUGUAGCGUAUUCCAAGACUACAACAAAGGGGUUUUUCAAGAACACAACAACACUCCCCCCACCCAAGUGUUGAUCUUUGUACCUGAAUGUGUGACCCACCCCUAGUGGAAUAUAUAAACCAAUGACAGUGCAUGUGUUUUGCUGUAGCAACAUCAUUUCUUACCCAAGAGGUCAAAACCACCUGUUGUCUGUACCUAAGUAAACAGAUAUAAGUGGUCACUUUACUGUAACCUCACAGCAAUACCAGCAACAAUAAAAUGUACAGUGGAUGUGCCAUAAAAUCUGUCUUAAGCAUAUUGUACUGUAUGUAUAUGAUAGAGAUCUAUUACAAUAAAAUGAUGUGAAUGAUG